GUACUCUGCGGGUAUGUGCCUGCCAGUUCCUGCUAAGGACAACUCUUGCAGUCUACUGAUGUUAUGAUAUGUGAAAGUUUAGAACUAGAUGUCUACAACAUACAUAUUUAUGUGAAAGUUUAGAACUUUACAAUGUAAAUCUAUAUAAAGAUCGUUUAGAAGUUUACAUAUGAUGUCUUUCUCUAGAACUAGAAGAGCUCAUCAUCCUCUCUAGAACCCUACAAGAUGGGCUGUCCGUAUUUGAAGAGCAUCCCGAAUCUCCUUUCCUCGUUUCUCUAAGGAGGUUCUUGGGACAUUUACAUUGCAUUUCCUCCUGUUCAAUACUAGUGUAUUAUUUCUUCUACUAACAAUGCUGUUCCCCUUUUUUUUUUUACACUGCUUCGCUUCCACGUGUAAGCUACGCAGCUACUACCUCCAGUGCUUAGUUUUCAGGGUUUCGAGUAAAGCUACGUCAACUGAAGCUCUUGAACACCUCAUGCUAGGCAAAUUCAUUCACUAAUUCAUCCACUCAUACUUUGAUUAGAAUAUUUGAAUUUGAAGGCACAUUCACAGUCUCUCUGUUUAAGUCAUAUGACUGGUACCUGAGUGAACGCGGGUUGAGCGUGCGUCUCGUCUUACUUCCUCCUGCGACCCCUCCUUCACCGACAAGUAGAAAAAUCACGGAUUUCCUUGGAGGACUUCCAAUAAGCCACAUCGUAUGUUAAUCAGAAUAUGUCUAAUUAUCUGUAAGGCAGGCGCGAGGAAGUCUCCUGCGGAUCUCAAGGAAAUCAAUGACGCACUGGGAGGAGGAGGGCAGGUCGCAGAUGAGGUCCCCAGAAAGAAGCGAUCCUCUUACGGUGUGAUCUCAAGAACCUCCAUUGUAGACUCUAGUAGAUUUCGAAUAAAAGCAGCACUAGGCUGGAGAUGAUCAUCUGAGGCAGGUGCAAUGUCCUCGAGAACCUCCUUUUCAAAAAUGUUCUCAGCUCGAAUUACAUUCUCAGCUCGAACAUCGGACUCUACUUCUAGCUGGUUACAGCUGACUGUUUUUGAUGGUUCGUUUCGACUAGGGAAAUUGCUCUUGCAAAGAGACCUUCGUAAAUAAAAGUAUUGUUUUGAUGCCUAGAAUAUGCCUCUUCUAACAAGACAAGGGCAAAUCUCAACCUGGUGAAGAUGGCGAAGGUGAAGGCGAAGGACAGGUUAAGGCGCAAAUAUGUUGGAGGAUCCUACCCUGAGCUGCUAGUUUGCUAGUGAAGCUUGCUAGUUUUUCUGGCGGGCCCCCACCUAACCUAACCUAGCCUAACCUUAGUGUGGCCUUCUUCGGCGAAUCGACGUCAUCUGUGAAUCCCCCUGUUCUGUCGAUUAUAGUUACCUUGCUCCUAAUGAAUAUCUCCCAUUACUUGCUCCGUAAUGGGUAUCCCCCUGAAAAUAUACAUCCCCAUGUUGUUUGUCCAAGGAGGUGUCCGUCUGUUAGCUCAAUCAAUCUCUCAGUUGCAGGCACAUCAACCUCUUUUCUAAUGAGUAUGUCCCACCUGAGGUGCAAAGGGGCGUCGACCCCAACAAUCCGAACGAGGAAGGCUGCUCAGGCUGCGUAGGCUGCUGCAAGCCUGGCGAGCCGAGCGGCCGCUAAUGAGGUGAAAGGUCGGCUUUUUAUUAUGGUACGUGGAAGUCUUCUAGACAGUUCCACUCUAUCUAGAAAAAUUUAGACUUUAAAGAGUCCUAGGUUGUAGACCUCAUUAUUAUGAUAAGGACUCCCAUUUUCAUGGAAAAAUAGAACGUCCAUUAUUGAGAUAAGGGCUCAAUGUGAUUUCGAUCGUUUUUUUCACAAUCUGUGUAAUUUAUUUGUAGGUCACCUCUAAUAUCGGAGAGUGGAAAGGGUUCCAGAGGUGGCGGAAUCUGGUGGAGGCGUGGUAGGUGGUGGAGGCCUGUCAUACGAGGAUACGUGAUAGGUCAACAUGUGGUAGGUUGUGGUGUGGUCUGCAGGUUGGCAGGUGGUAGGGGCAGUGUGCUAGGUACAAUGUGGUAGAGGCUAGGUGGUGGGGAAAAGUGGUGGAUGAAACGCAGUAGGGGAAUUGUUGCAGGUGGUAGGGCGGGAAUAGUGGCAGGUGGUAGGGGAAUAGUGGCAGGUGGUAGGGGAACAAUAAUGGCAGGUGGUAGGGGAAUGUUGGCAGGUGGUAGGGGAACAAUAAUGGCAGGUGGUAGGGGAAUGGUGGUAGGUAAUCAUGGGUGAAGUGUGGUAGGUAAUGGGUAGAAUUCGAUGCAUGGGUCGUGGUGGAAAGGGUCGGGGGUAAGUUACUCAGUACUACAAUUGGUAUAGGAGUACAUCACUAAGAUUGGUGUAGGAGAUGUACACUGAAAUUGGUGUAGGAGUACACUAAGAUUUGUGUACGAGCAUCUAUUCCCAGUGUUGUAGUCGGUGCUAAAGGAGGGGUAAAGUUUUCCAAAACAUGGAUUCUCGUGUUGCUCGAGAAAGAGAGGGUACUAGAGCGUCACUGGGGUCUCAUGUUAACACUUAAGAACAACAAGGAAGAGAUCCGAUUUCUUAGCACAUCAAUAUUGAGUCAUCUUCUAAAUCGAAUUACAAACGACAGCAUUAUUGCACAGAAAAGGAUCUAACAUGAGCAACAAACCGCAUAUUCAUUCUCAUUGAACAAGCAACGUAUUCGACAUAUUUGACGUAAAUCCAAGAUAUCGUGACUAGUUUAAUCUUCGACAAGAAAACUCUUCAAUCAAAAUCUUAUUGGCAUCUAAAUCAAGCAAACACUCAUACAACCAAUCACGGAGCAAUCAUAAAGUUCAGCACAUAUUACUAUUCAGCAUUAACAACAAUUCGAUUCGCAUACUUUCACUCAUCACAAGUCACAUGUAAGUAUUCAAACAAUCUAAUUCGUAAUCGUAUAUGGAUCGUACUAAGUAGGAAUUAUGAUCUUAGCAUUCAUCAAUGAAUCUAAAAAAAAAUCGGGAAUAAUUUACUGUAACUAUUGAAACAGAAACUUUAUUACGGCGCACCUUCAUGUACAUCUUGUCAUCACAUCGAAGAAAAGUAGAUAAAGAGAACUGUGUUUGUACUUUUCACGACCACGGGUGUCAUCAAGUGAGGGGUGUUGAAAUAAGAAUGAAGUCAUCUUCAACAUCAAGGUGACCACGCCUAAGCGCCUAAGCUUCACAAGAGAAGGCUCCUCUUAUUCGUCACCGAUGAUGACCUAGCAAAAGAACGGAAGUGGGGCGGUAUUCUGUCCUCCAGGACCAUUUAUGACAAGUAGGAAAAAAGUGGGGUGAUUUUUUUCCUUGCUGUCGAGGACAAGGACUAAAGGAUUAGUUCUUUUGAUGACAGAGACAGUGUGAAGGCUCUUUCAAACAAUAUACGCGUCACAAUCAACAUCAACAUGGGAUUACUAGCUACUGGUACUGCGGUAGCAUAAAGAUACAAAUUCUUCGAC